AGUGCUUCUUCAGGGACCAAGAUACAUAUGGCACUAGCACCUGGCACCAAGAGUCAUAGCUACAAGUUGAAAACCUCGAGCCCUAAAACAAGACGGCUGCUUGGCUUUAUACAGUCUGACAGGCAGGUCUUGGGUGAUGACCCACGAGUGCGACAGGCUCGAGGGAAGCCGGCUCCUGACAUUUUCUUGGUCGCAUUGCGGACGUUAAACCCAGCUGCAGAUUCUGGUGAAAGCCCCAUCUCGCACAAAGAGUGUUUGGUCUUUGAAAAUAGCAUAAUUAGAAUAGAAGCUGCAAGACGGGCUGGGAUGCGAGUAGUUUGGGUACCACAUCCAGACAUAGCAGUCGAGUACCAAGCGAGGCAGGAGGAUGUUCUGGCUGGAAGAACAAGAUUGGUUGAUAUUAGAGACAAGUGGCAGCUAGGAUAUAUUGAUAAC